GCCCUCCGCCCGUCGUUCGCGUUCUCCUUUCUCCCCCUUCUUCCUCACUACGUCCCGCCGCACGCCCCCCGACACGUGAUCUCCUCCUCCGCCUCUCCGGGGAAAAAGAAACCCCUGAACCUCGAUUGACACGGGCUAAACCCUAGACGGCGGCCUCCGCAGCGGCAGCGUACCACCCCUUGGUGCCGUCGCCAGAACCGCUCGCUCUAGGGUUUGGCUUGUCCCCGAUGGCCCCCGAGGACGGGUUGCCGGAGGCGGAAGACGGUUUCAGGGCUCCAGCGCAGGUGGCGGUGCCCAUGAGUGCCCCGCCCGAGUCUGCCGUUGGGGUUUCCAGAGAUUCUCUCCGAGUUCUCGAGUUGUUGAAGGAUCUUGGUUCUGAGGUGUCAGAAGAAUUGCUUGUGUUGAUGCCAAACUUGUUGUCAGCUUUAAGACACCAAGAUCCAUUUGUUGUUAAGCAGUCGAUUGCUAAUGGGACAGCUUUAUUUGGUGCUGUUUUAGAAGAAAUUGCACUCCAGCUCCAUGGUUCUAGUAAAAUUGAGCAUUGGCUUGAAGAAAUGUGGUCUUGGAUGGUUCAGUUCAAGGGGGCAGUCUGUGGGGUUCUGAUGGAGCCUGGAUCAAUUGGAAUCAAGGUGCUUGCUGUAAAAUUUAUUGAAACCUGUAUAUUGUAUUUCUUGCCUGAUGAGAAGGAUGGUGGAGUACUAUUUACUGAAGGAAAAGGAAGGAGAUUUAAUGUCUUACAUUUGAUCAGAGGUAAUUCAAUUCUCAAUCCAGCUAUGCUGGAAAUUGAAGCAGACAGAACACUUGACCUUCUUCUGGAUCUUCUGCACUUGGCUAAUAAUCUCCGUGGUUCUUUGGUCAUUGCUGUCAUUAACAGUCUUGCAAGCAUUGCGAAGAACAGGCCUCUUAGGUACAAAGUUAUUCUCUCUGCUCUGCUUGCCUUUGAUCCUAAUUUUGAAAUUCAAAACGGUGGUCACGCUUCAAGCAUCCGAUAUUGUCUGAGAACUGCAUUUGUAGGAUUUCUACGGUGUAAUCAUCCAUCAUUCACUGAGUCAAGAGAAAAGAUAAUAAGGGCAUUGCGAGCAAUAAGCCCAGGUGAAUCAAUUGAUCAAGUUCUUCGACAAGUGGAGAGAAUGUCGAGAACUAUGGACCGUGUAUCCCAUGAUGUUCGAGUCAGUAAGGGUGAUCCACUAUCCAUUCAAGAGUCUGUAUCUGGAGAUGUGACUAGGAAUAAGACUGUAUUGCCACCUAGUGAUGUUCUUUCUGAGGAGUUGCCUGCCAAGAGGAUACGGUUUGAUAUGCCUUUUGAGACAGCACAUUCUACUCAAAUGGCAUAUGACAUAGCAGAUGAUAAUGAUGAUGAUGGAAAUGGUAAUUAUUCCUCAAGCAUAUCUCUCGUGGGUAGUGACUUGUCACCUGCUGAAAAGAUGAUUGCCAUGAUUGGUGCACUGCUGGCUGAAGGAGAAAGAGGUGCUGAAUCGCUCGAGCUUCUUAUAUCAAAUAUUCACGCUGAUCUUAUGGCUGAUAUAGUUAUAGAAACUAUGAAACAUCUUCCAAAGAACUUAGUGGUAGCAUCUGUCCGGCAUAAUAAUGGAUCAUCAAAUGAAGAGACUUCCUUGCCCAGCAUUUCGUCGCAGGUGUUAUCAACUACUGCAACAGAUCUUUCUGCACCGACUUCUUCAGUACCUUCUGAGCUGGCAACAUCUUCAGUUGGUGCUAAUGGAUUCAGCGUAACACCUGAUGUGUCUUCUUUCUCUAGUCUUUCUACCGAGUCCAAGCGGGACCCCAGGAGGGAUCCUCGCCGCCUUGACCCCCGUCGAUCAGUGGCAUCUGGUAAUUCACACUCUGUGUCCUUAAACUUGGAAAAUAGCCAUGAUAUGCAGCCUGUGCCAUCUCAGUUAUCCAGUAAACCAGUUGCUAUUUCAGAAGCCAUCAAAAUUGAACAUUCUUCUUCGUUGUUGGCUUCUAAACUUGAUGUAGAGCCCUCUGAUGAGCCAGUUGGUCAGAAUCAGAUGAUUGAGAAAUUGCAAACAACAGAAACUUCGGAAGUUCAGGAUAAUGUUAUGAUAGUGGAUCGAUCUUUGGAUGAUACACCACCCAACUUGGAGAUUUCUCCUGUAGAAUCUAUUGAAGAACAACUGGCAGCAUCUACACCAUCAGAUGCUACUGCCAAUGAAGGUGUUGUUCAUAACCUUUCAGAAUGUGACGAGUUUUCUUCACCUGAUGUUAAAUCAUUGACCCCUGAGGAUAAUAGUCAUGAUUUGACCACACAUCCACCUCUUGUUGAAUUAAUGGAUGAGCAGAAAAGUGAACUGCACAGGUUAGCAGUUACACGGAUUGUUGAAGAUUACAAGCAUCUCCAAGUUACAGGAUGUGGUCAAGCAUGCCUUCCUUUGCUAGCACGUUUGGUUGCACAGACUGGGGCUGAUGGUGAUGUUGUUAAGUUUUUGCAACAGCAUAUCAUAUUGGGUUACCAUCAUCAUAAGGGGCACGAGCUUGCAAUGCACGUUCUCUAUCACCUGCAUGCAAUUAUGAUUUCUGAAUUAGAUGAUUGUUCUUCCUCAGCUGCUAGUAGUUAUGAGAAGUUUCUUCUGGGAGUUGUAAGGACAUUGCUGGAUUCCUUGCCCGCUACAGAUAAAUCAUUUAGUAAACUGCUUAGCGAAGCUCCAUUUCUACCUGACUCUUCAUUGAAAUUGUUGGAAGAUUUGUGUCAUUCAAAUGGUUAUGAGCACAAUUUAGGAGAAAAUCGUGAAGGUGAUCGUGUCACUCAAGGUCUUGUUGCUGUAUGGAGCUUGAUUUUGGGACGUCCUCCUUAUCGACAAACUUGUUUGGAUAUUGCUUUGAAGUGCGCUCUUCAUUCUCAAGAAGAAGUUAGAGCUAAAGCUAUUCGACUGGUUGCGAACAAACUUUAUCCUCUCAACUUUGCUUCAGAUAUAAUUGAGCAGUUUGCAGUGCGCAUGCUAUUGUCGGUUGUUGACCAGCAAAGUUCAGAAGCGGAUACCAGUCUUGUAUACUCCAAUGAACAACAAACAGAAAUGGCUAGUCAGGAUGCAUUUGUUAGUGGCUCCCAGAUUUUAGAGCCUGCUGCUUCUGAGAGUGAUGCUGAUAAGGAUAACCAAGCUUCUGUUUUGAAAGUUCCAACAAUAUCUCUUUCUGAAGCACAACGACAGACAUCAUUGUUCUUUGCUCUUUGCUCGAAGAAACCAAGUCUUCUCCAAUUAGUAUUUAAUAUAUAUGGGAGAGCUCCAAAGGCUGUCAAGCAGUCUGUCCAUCAACACAUCCCUAACCUUGUGAAGAAUCUUAAUUCGUCUUAUUCUGAGCUAUUGCACUUGAUCUCUGAUCCACCUGAAGGAAGUAAAGGUCUUGUAGUUCUGGUCUUGGAGACUCUGACUGAAGAAUCAACACCUUCAUCUGACUUAAUUGUUGUGGUCAAACAUCUAUAUGAGACUAAGCUAAAGGAUGCUGCUAUUCUCAUUCCAAUGCUCUCUUCUUUUUCAAAGGAUGAGGUUAUGCCUAUUUUUCCACGUCUGGUUAAUCUUCCAUUAGAGAAGUUUCAAGCAGCAUUAGCUCGCAUUUUGCAGGGAUCGGCUCAUACUGGUCCAGCAUUAACUCCUGCUGAAGUGUUGAUUGCAAUUCAUGAUAUCGAUCCUCAGAAAGAUGGUGUUGCACUCAAGAAGAUAACGGAUGCUUGCACAGCUUGUUUUGAGCAACGCAUAGUUUUUACACAGCAUGUUCUAGCAAAGUCAUUGAGCCAUCUGGUUGAACAAGUGCCACUUCCUCUUCUUUUCAUGCGAACUGUUAUUCAAGCAAUUGAUGCUUUCCCAUCUCUGGUUGAUUUUGUGAUGGGUAUACUCUCAAAACUUGUGACAAAGCAGAUAUGGAAGAUGCCGAAGUUGUGGGUGGGAUUUCUGAAAUGUGCUUCACAAACGCAACCUCAUUCUUUUCAUGUCCUACUACAGUUGCCACCGCCUCAUCUUGAAAGUGCUCUAAAUAGGCAUCCUAACUUACGCAUUCCUCUUGCUUCCUAUGCCAAUCAAUCAAGCAUGAGGACCUCAUUGCCACGGCAAACCCUUAAGGUGUUAGGCCUUCUUGAUGAAGAACAGCAAACUCCAAAAUCAUCUGUCCCCGCAACAUUGCAAACUUCGGAUACGGGUUCUUCAAUUCAUGGUACGGCACUUACAUGAUCAGUAGAGCUUCUUCAUGAUUGACCCAUUCCAAAGAGAGCAACUUCCUGGCUCUUGUGAGGGGCCCUGUGGUAGCAAAUUAUGGGAACUGACAGUAGCAUGCUACUGAACACGGUGCCAGCUCAAGAACAAACAACCAUGGCACAUUCAAAUUCAUCAGAAUAUGAGGCAAGGAAUUACAUACAGGACCCAGGCCACUGGCUGGUACAAUAUUUGUCCCAUUUAUCGGUGGAUAGAUCAUGUCCUAAAACGAGCCCAAGCUGAAAAUGUAACUUAGCUGUGUAUGUUAUCGGUCAAGAAAAAUAGUUAUCAUCAUUGAGUUCCAUUUUGUCUUCUAAGUAAUUAGCUUGUCAGGUUGAAGUUACCAAUCAGAGAAAACUUAAGCUGCUACUUGGACACCAGAUUUAAAUGUGGGUGUCCUUGGAGCCUCAAGCUUUUCAGGCAUCUUUUAAAUUGGACCGGUUUCUUUCGGUCAUCAGAUUGUUAAAACAUUUAUGUAAUCUUUUAUGUGCAAUCCGUUUUGUUGGUUGCGUUGUAAAUUAUGAAUCGAUAGUUAGUGAGAUUUAGAUCUAGAUAUGUUUUUCAGUGA